GAACCACUACCUACCACGCCUGUCACUAUGGACGAACCACUACCUACCAUGCCUAUCACUAUGGACGAACCACUACCUACCAUGCCUGUCACUACGGACGAACCACUACUAACCACGCACAUCACUAUGGACGAACCACUACCUACCAUGCCUGUCACUACGGACGAACCACUACUAACCACGCACAUCACUAUUGACGAACCACUACCUACCAUGCCUAUCACUAUGGACGAACCACUACCUACCAUGCCUAUCACUAUGGACGAACCACUACCUACCAUGCCUAUCACUAUGGACGAACCACUACUAACCACGCACAUCACUAUUGACGAACCACUACCUACCAUGCUUAUCACAAUGGACGAACCACUACCUACCAUGCCUAUCACUAUGGACGAAACACUACCUACCAUACCUAUCACUAUGGACGAACCACUAACAACCAUGCUUAUCACUAUGGACGAACCACUACCUACCAUGCCUAUCACUAUGGACGAACCACUACCUACCAUGCCUGUCACUAUGGACGAACCACUAUCUACCAUGCCUAUCACUAUGGACGAACCACUACCUACCAUGCCUAUCACUAUGGACGAACCACUACCUACCAUGCCUAUCACUAUGGAC